AUGGCAGAAUUCGACUUCGACAACUCUCCUGAAGCUGGACUGAAAGGCUCGCUGCGGAAGGACUUCUUCUGGGGCUACGCAACCGCCGCCCCCCAAAUCGAAGGCGCCUGGAACGCCGACGGCAAAGGCCCCUCCACGUGGGACAUCCUCGCACACACGCCCGGCCGCGUCAUCGACGCCUCCACCGCCGACGAUGCAACCCGCUCGUACGACUUCUUCCGCGAAGACGUCAAGCUCAUGAAGAGCUACGGCGUCAACGCGUACCGCUUUAGUCUCUCCUGGAGCAGAAUAAUACCCCUGGGAGGCAAAGAUGAUCCAGUCAACGAAGCGGGAAUAAAGUUCUAUUCGGAACUGAUCGACGAGCUUCUCGCGCACGAUAUCACGCCUUUCGUCACCCUCUUCCACUGGGAUGUCCCGCAGGCGCUGGAAGAUCGGUACAAGAGCAUGCUAGAUGCUGAGAAAUAUGUUCCUGAUUUUGUGCGGUAUGCAAGGGUGUGCUUUGAGACGUUUGGAGGAAAGGUGAAGCACUGGAUCACGUAUAACGAGCCGGGGGUGUAUGCGCUGGCAGGGUAUGCUGGGGGCGCUCACGCACCGAAUAGGAGCAGCGAUCGGGAGAAGUACAGCGAGGGGGAUACGAGCACGGAGCCGUGGAUUGUCGGCCACACGCAACUCCUCUCCCACGCACAAGUCUAUCGUAUGUACAAGGAAGAGUUCGCGCACACGCAGCACGGCACAAUCGGUAUCACGCUCUCGGGGAACUGGUCCGCGCCCUACGACGCCACCUCCCCCGCCGACAUCGCCGCCGCGCAGCGUGCACUCGAGUUCGAAAUCGCUUGGUUCGCGGACCCCGUCCACGGCAGCGGUGACUACCCCGCCUCGAUGCGCGCGCAGCUCGGGUCCCGCCUGCCCACCUUCACAGACGCAGAGAAGCAGACGGUGAAGGGAAGCUCCGACUUUUACGGCAUGAAUACGUACACUGCGUUUUUCGUGAGGGAUAAGGUGCCUCCGGGACAGCCGAUACCGCCCGAAGAUCAUAAGGGCAAUCUCGCGUGGUCGGACAUCAACAGCGAGGGCGUGAGCCGCGGCGCCGAGUCUGAUACCGAGUGGUUGCGGACAUCGCCGUGGGGUUUCGCGAAGCUGCUGCACUGGGUGUGGGACAGGUACCGAGUCCCUAUCUACAUAACGGAAAACGGCACUACCGCGAAGGGGGAACAUGUUCCUGCGCCGCCGGCGGGGGAUGUGCUGAACGAUGUGCACCGGAUCGAGUUCUACCGCGCUUAUGUGGGCGAGGUGGCCAAAGCUGUCACGGAGGGGAUCGACAUCAGGUCGUAUUUUGGGUGGACAUUGCUGGAUAAUUGGGAGUGGGCGAAGGGGUAUACCGAUCGGUUUGGGGUGACGUGGGUAGAUUUUGAGAGUGAGGAGAAAAAGAGGUAUCCGAAGCGGAGCGCGGCGUUCAAUCGGGAGUUCUUUGAGCAUCUGAUUGCUCGCUGA